AUGCUAAGAUCUCGAUUAAAGAGCACUUUUAAUCUUAGAAAAAUGACAUCUAUUCCAACUGUUCAAAAGGUUAUUGUUAUCAGAGAAACCGGUGGUCCAGAGGUUUUGAGUUACGAGGAAAACUACCCUGUUCCAAAAAUCAGUGAGAAUGAAUUACUGAUUAAAAACAAAUAUGCGGGGAUCAACUUCAUCGAGACAUAUUUUCGCAAAGGUAUCUAUCCAACUGAAAAACCGUAUGUACUGGGUAGAGAAGCCUCUGGUGAGGUGGUAGCAAAAGGCAGUUCGGUAACGAAAUUCGACAUUGGAGAUAAGGUCGCUUAUCUAUCACCACAUACCUUUGCACAGUACUCGAAGAUUUCCGAAACUGGGCCAAUUAUGAAGUUGCCAGCUGAUAGCAGCGAUGAAAACUUGAAAAUAUAUGCAGGCGCUCUUCUACAAGCCCUCACAGCGCUGACCUUCAUAAACGAGGCAUAUGAAGUUAAAAAAGAUGAUUAUAUUUUGUUGUAUGCUGCCGCCGGAGGCGCAGGCCUUGCUUUUGACCAGUUGUUGAAAUUAAAGGGUGCUCACGUAAUUGCUGUUGCAUCAACAGAUGAGAAACUUCAGCUUGCAAAGCAAUACGGCGCUGAAUACUUGAUCAAUUCCCAAAAAGAUGAUAUUUUGGCCAAAGUUCUUGAGUAUACUGACGGAAAAGGUGUAGAUGCGGCCUUUGAUUCGAUUGGUAAGGAUACAUUCGAAAUUACAUUGGCGGCGCUUAAGAGGAAGGGAACUUUCGUUUCCUUUGGUAACGCUUCUGGUCCUGUUACCCCUUUUCCCUUGGCUAGAUUGAGCGCAAAGAACAUCAAAAUUGCCCGCCCACAGCUCUUUGGCUACAUAGCUGCUCCAGAGGAAUGGCAACAUUACUCAACGGAGUUAGUUAGACUAAUCGAAUCUCAUGAAUUUAAAGCCUUGAUCUCUAAGACGUACCCCUUGAAAGACUAUAGGAAAGCUACCGAGGAACAGGAAGCUAGAAAGACUGUUGGUAAAUUAGUGCUGGAAAUUCCUUAA